AUGUCCGAACCGACACACCCACCACCGAACCUCACGCCCGCCUUCUGCUUCCACCCUUCCGCCCUCCGGCAGUUCCUACGCUCCUCCCGCUCGUUAAUCGACGAUCCAAUAAACAACUCUCUCAAUAAUCUGCUCACACCCUCUCACCCGUCCGGAUCACCAACCACCACGAUCCGCACAGGCCCAACACCACACACCCUCCCCGACCCCCUCUGCACGACUUACCUCCAUCGAGUCCUCUUCCCGUCCUGGCACGCCCGCUCCCAAGUCCUCACAUACUGCGCCAGCGUCGCUACCUCUCCGGACCCAGACGAUCCCGAGGCAGUGGAAAGAGAGGUAUUUAAUCGGCGUGGUCAGGAAAGAGUGGUGGACGAAAGGCUGGAUCCGUACAGCGGGCGGUUCUUCCCUAAGGAGGCAAGAACGGAGGCGCUGGCCGGCGUGUUGAGGAACGAGGAGGGGGUGGAGCGCAUCGUAAGGGAAAGGAGUUGGGGUGUUGUAAGGGGGCGGUGUGAAGGUUUGGACGGAGUGAUCAGUGGAGAUGGGAGCAGGAGUUGGCAGGAUGAGUUUGAGAGAUGGAGGAGAAGACGGGAAGAGGAGGGAGGAGGGCGGUAA